GGGGACACAACAACAUGAAGUCUGUGGCUGCCCUCCUCCUCGUGGGGAUGCUCAUCCUCUGGACAGAGCUGCCAGCAGGCAGCGCCUGGUCCUGCCCAAUUGUCCGGAUUACCUGUGCGAUGCUCAACCCCCCAAACCAGUGCUACAUUGACCAGCAGUGCCCACGGUCUAAGAAGUGCUGUAAAACCUUCUGUGGGAGGAAAUGCAUCUCUCGCCCACCUCCUUUCCCCGUCUUCCACGUGUGAGCUCCAGCUCCCAGGAUGGGCCGAAGGUGUCUGCAGCAUCCCUGUGCUACCUCUGGCACCAGCCAGCUGCACAGACUUCUGCUAAGGAUUGCCCUACCCCACACCAGGUCCCAGGAGGAUGGGGAUGGCACUAGUCCAUGCUCUGCUGCACUCUGCAUCCAUCUUGGCUCCUGGACUGCCUCACUGCCAGCUGCUGCAUACUGCCCUCUCAUCCUCAUGCCGCUCCCUCACUGCUGGUAUAACCAAUAAAGGAGCUUGUCCCAGGA